CGAGAUCCAUAUCUCUGGGGGCCCGGGGACGCCUAAAAGAGUCAAUUUCAUUCAGUCGAAUUCUACUGGUUGGUAGAACAAGUUGCAACUUCCUGGGUCUCGAAAUUGUUAAGAUUCCGCAAAGAUAGCUUAGGAUGUCGCAUCUCAGGGGAUUGGGGCGACUGCUGAUCGCCGUGACCUUCUUCACGUGCGGAUUCUUCGUUAACAUUGGACAGCUUUUGCUGAUCGUCCUUGUAAGGCCCUUCGACAAGCGGCUUUCCAGGAGUCUUAUGUACUACCUGCAUUACUCUUUCUACUGCAUCCUAGUCUGUGUGGCGGAAUGGUAUGCGGGCAGCAAACUGAGGGUCUACAUCGAUCCCGAGGACGAGAAGAAAUUCUUCGGCAAGGAACAUGGAUUGUUGCUAAUGAAUCACACAUACGAGAUUGACUGGCUAACCGCAUGGAUGAUAACCGACAAGCUGGGAAAUCUGGGAGGCACCAAGGCCUAUGCCAAGAAGAUGCUCCGCUACGUUCCAGUUUUGGGAUGGGUCUGGUGGAUGGCCGAGUUCAUCUUCCUCGAUCGCAACUUCGAGAAGGACAAGGUGGUGAUCAAGCAACAGCUUUCGGAGGUGUUUUCCCAUCCCGAUCCUGUGUGGCUUUUGCUCAAUGCUGAGGGAACCCGCUUUACUGCCGCCAAGCACGAGUUGUCCGUUAAGUUUGCCCAGGAAAGAGGUCUUCCUGUACUCAAACAUCACUUAAUUCCACGCACCAAGGGAUUUACCACCAGUCUUCCCACCAUGCGAGGCAUUUGUCCUGCCAUUUAUGAUAUUAACCUGGCUUUUAAGAAGAAUGCUGAGACAAAGCCCACCAUGUUGUCCCAGUUGAAUGGUGAACCCGUGGAACCCUACAUGUACAUUCGUCGCGUGCCAUUGGAAAAGGUUCCCGAUGGUGAAAAGGAGGCCGCCCAGUGGAUGCAGGACUUCUUUGCCGAAAAGGACAAGAUCAUCGACAGUUUCCACGAAACCGGCAGUUUCUUCAAGACUUCUGGCGUCAAGGAGGUUCCCGAGAAGAUCUACAAGCCGCGUCUGAGCACCCUGUUCAACUUCUUGGGCUGGGCCACCUUUUCGGUCCUCUGUAUUCUGAACUAUUUGGUCAGCUCCUUGGUUGCAGGCAACUGGAUUGGCUUCAUCACCGUUUUAUCCAUCUUGGGAGGAUUCUAUGGCCUCAUGGAAUACGCUGUCAACGCUUCGAAGAUCAGCAAGGCCUCUGCUUAUGGAGCAGCUGCCAAGAAAUAGAUUUUAGUCCCUGAGUUUUGUGAACUCGGCGACAUGUAAUCAUUACUCGACUGCAAAUAUUUAAAAAUUUAAUGUACAUUGAGUCAAAUGUACAAUAAAAAAUUGAAGUAAACUGAAUAAAAUAAUAUUUUCUAUGA